AUGAGAUAUUGCAACGAGAAAGAAUACAACUUGGAUAAGUACUACACAGGAAGAUAUCUCAGAAUAAUACAGAACGAGGCAUGCCCUGGAAAUCCUCCUUGUAUUGCACUCAAUAAAUUGGAAUUUUUCGGUGAAGUUUUGAAUGAUGAUUAUUCACAAGUCGAAGAAGAUUUUGUUUCCUACCAUGACGAUGACGACGAUGUUAGUAUCAUUGGUCACAUUUCAAAGAACAAUGCCGCUUAA